AUAAUGCAUUAAUUCCCCCUUUCUCCAAGCAAUUACUGGUUGUAUUUUUUAAGAAUCAGAAUGAAAACAAAAAUGCAUCCUGAACUUAGCUCAUCCUGUUCUCUUACUUGAACAUGUUGUUUGGGGAUUGAAUACACCAUGAGCAGAAGAAAUAAAUAUAAAUAUAAAUAAAGAAGUACAGGUAAUUUGCAACCACAAUUGAACCCUAAAAUUUCUGUUGCAAAGUGAGACAGUUGUUAAGUGAGUUUUACCUCAUAUGGAGUUUUGUGGUUGAUGUGAUUGUUAGUAUUAUGACAACUGCAUAAUAUUUCACAUUUUAUUUCGCUUCUCAAAUUUUAUUCCAGUUAUCUAUUUAUCAGAUUUUAUAAUAAACCUUCUGAGCAAAUGGGGGGAGUAGACAUCUUUGCCUUGUGUUUUUGCUAAUUGGAGAAUUUUAUAAACAGCAAUCCAUUCACUGCUGUUUGCCUUUUAUAUGUACUUUUCAUCCAAGUUUUUAAUUCUUCUCUGGAAUUCAGUUUGUUUAAGACAUUUAAUUAAAAAAAAUCAUUCCAAAUUAUCAAAGGCUUUUUCCACAUUAUAAAUACUGAUAUUUUUCUUAAUUUUGAUAAAUUAUAGUAUACUUGUGAUAAAUCUGUUAUCUUUCCCAUUUUGAAACAUAAUCUGUAUGUAUAAUUUAUCAAAUGUACUUCCUCAUACGUUCAGCUAGUGGAGUAGUUACUGAAUUUUCAGUAGUAAAAAAAUUGGUCUAUAUUACUGAGAUUUCUUCUGAUCAUUCCCUUUGUGUAUUAAUAUUAAAUACGUUUCUUCUCAAUAGAGCUGUAGAUAGCAUCCACUUAUGAGUUAACCCUGUCCGUUCUCCUAUUGGACUGAGUCUGAUUAAUAAUUAAUUAGCCACCUUAAUAAUUAAUUAGCCACUUAUAUAACCCAUCUCUGUGAGUGACUCCACCCAGAUUUUUGACUCGGUCCACUCUGGACAGUCGUAUUAUCCAGCAUUGAUAAGAUCCUUCUUUAAAGAAAAUUGUUUAAAAGUGAGUACUCAACAAAGAGUGGGCUGGAGAUCAGGAAAGCCUUAAACUAUUGGAGAGAAGCUCAUUAAGACUUUCUUCCAGCCUGGAACUGGAAGCAAGGGGCGGGUGAAUUGAUUGCGCGCUGAAAACCCAGCCCCUCCAUUGCGCGUUACGAUCGCCGGGACAGCACCCCCUCACCUGCUGUGUCCAGCCGCUUCAGUAGUGUGCCUGCGAGGCUGGGGGCUCCUUGCCAGCGUUCGCCUGAUCUCUCUAGGCUAGGGAGAGCAGAACAGGCACGCCUUUGUAAUAUGACACCUCAUAGCCUGCUUCAAACUUGACGAGGCCCUCAGAUGGUGAUUCUAGGCGUGGGUGUCUGUACGGGCCUGAGGGAGCCAUCAGAAGCCCAGAGAGCACCAGCGGCCAUUUGGAGAGGGAGAAAAUUGGCGCAAGUUCCAUUUUGGAUAAUAUUUUGGCGCGGCCACCAUUUUGAGUGCUAACGGCCCCUCCGAUGACAGACAACACAGCUUCAGGCCAUCCUGGCAUGGAAAGAAGCAUUCAGGGAGGCUUGCUGUCAGUGGCUGGGGGCUCCGAUCCCCCGACCUUGCCCGCAUUAUCUCUAAGUGGCAGUGCAAAUAAGCCAAAUGAUAAGGGCUCUAAGAACUCUAAAUCCUCCAGCAAGGGCUCCAAAUCUAGGAAGGCCUCCAAAUCGGCAGACAAGGAGGCCAACCUUUAGGCCAAGGCUGGGCCUCAAGCCUCUUCCCCCUCUACCAUCUCAGGCAGCAGCCCUCCUUCACAGUUUGAUUCUGGGCCUGGUCCAUUCAGUCCAAUGCUGUCUAUUAAUACCUCGGAUCUGGGGGCAAUUUAUGCUGCAACCCCCUAUGUAACCUCGCCCACCUAGCAGGCAUGUGGAGGCCACAUUUACGCCCAUGGCUGCAGGCCUCUGUCACGAGUUCCUGACCCCGGCCAUGCCUCUGGACUUCCAGUCCUUCAUUGCAGAGGCCAUUAAACGGGGGAUUGCGGCUGGGUUGCAGCAACGUGCACCACCUCCACCGGCCUUCCAGGUUCGCGCACACAAUGACCUCGAGCCCAACAUGGGGGCGAACCAGUCACCUCAGCACCCAGAGCGCUCUUGUUCUCCUGCCUCGGAGGAAGGGGAGAUCAGGGAGGACGGCUUAUCUGAAGAAGAGGGGGAUAGCCCAGACAAGCCGGUGGCCUUGGGCCUCUUCCCACCGGCCCUAUUCAAGCCUUUACUAACUAAGGCAAUUGCUGCAGCUAAUAUGGGGGGACUCCCUCAACCUGUGGAGCCACCAAAUCAACCAACACAUGGUUUACUGAGCAAAAAUUGGAGAUGGAUGCCAUCCCUGCUCCCCAAUUGUUUAUGGACACCAUCCAGAGACAAUGGACUACUCCGACAUCAGACCCGGCUCCAGAGCCAUACAAAAGGGAGACCUAUUCGGGGAUUCCCUCACACACCUCCUGGUAGAGGGAAAAGAUAAGUGUAAGGUCUUGCCCACCAAUUACAAGAAGGGGCCGUAUCUCCCGGGACCAAUUCCCAGGCGGCAAGGGGCUAGACAACUACAUUACGGGGGAUCCUUUAGGAACCUGGAUUAUAGCCCAUCCACCUUUAGGCAGCAGGAUAACUUUGGGCAACGCUAGAGACAACAAGCAACCGUACCACCAACAACGGGGCAAUCAGUCCAAGCGGCCCUUUCGGGGCGGGGGAACCUAUUCUACCAUAGGCCCUGAGCCAUCUGGAGGUGGGUUCCUCAUUGGCAGCUGGUUGAUUCAUUUCAUGGAAAUGUGGGAGGCUACCACUUCCGACAAUUGGGUCAUCACUACAGUUAAGACGGGUUUGGCCCUUGAGUUCCUUUUGUUCUCUCCACGUUUUUUCAUUAGGUCCCCAGUCUCGGGGAAUAGGCAACGACAGUUCUUAAUGAGCUCGGCCUUAAAGCAUUCAACCGGUGCCGGCUGACCAGCGUUUUCAGGGUUUCUAGUCUGUGUUGAUUGUUAUCCACAAGUCCUCAGGGGGUUGGAGGGCUAUUUUGGAUUUGAAGUGUCUUAAUAAAUACUUGAUAUAUCGACGAUUAAAAUGCACUCCUUGCAGUCAAUAUUAGAAGGAAUAAGACAGGGUGACUACCUCACCUCUAUCGUCUUGACAGAGGCAUAUUUGCAUAUAUCUAUAUGUCCAGACCACUGUUGUUUCCUCCGUUUCUGCUACAAUAACUGCCAUUAUCAAUACAAGGCCUUGCCCUUUGGCCUCUCAUCUGCCCCUCGGGCUUUCACUAAGGUAUUGGUUGCCCUGACGGCUCAUUUAAGGACAGUGCCCAUCAGGAUUAUGUCCUAUUUAGAUGGCAUCUUGAUAUUGUCCCGCUCUCGAGAUAGGGCUGUGGUGGACCUAGACACCACGGUUCAUGCCCUCCAAUCCCAUGGGUUUUCCAUCAACAAGGCCAAGAGUCACCUGGUUCCUACCACUCACAUUUUACACUUGGAGGCCUGGUUCGACACAGAAGCAACUCAGGUGUUCCUUUCUGAGGAGAGACAGGACAGUCUCCGACAGUUAAUCUCCCAGGUGGACAAGGGGAGCAAGGUUUCACUAGCUACCUUGUCUAGGUUGCUGGGGAAGAUGGUUUCGGCCAUCACAAUUGUCCCUUGGGUCAGACUACACACGAGGGAAUUGCAAUGGCUCCUACUGCCCUUCCAGAAGGUGCAGAGGAGCACUUCCCUGGUUAGAAUCAUCUUGCAUAGCGAGGUACGCCACUCCUUACAUUGGUGGGCGUCUCCUGCGAUUAGUAGAGGGUGUCAUUUCAGGUUGGAGGACAGGAUCACAAUCACCACUGAUGCGAGUCUCACGGGUUGGGGCGCCCACCUCGACACGCAUGUGGCUCAGGGCAAGUGGUCAGAGGAGGAAAGUGCCUUGAGUAUUAAUCUCUUGCGAACCUUCAGACAUUGUCCGUGGAGAAGCCCUGGAGAAUUCCACCAGACCAGGCGUCCCCCAGCCAGGGGUCGCUGGAGCACUCGGACCCUCAGUGGCUCCACUAACCACCUGGCACUUGAGCGGGAAGGUCUGAGACUGGACAGGUUCUCCGCUAGGGUUAUAGACACUAUACAGGCGUCCAGGCGACCCUCCACGGAUCAUAUUUAUAACGCUACCUGGCGGGUGUUUUGUGAAUGGUGUUCUAAUAGGAUAACGUCGGUUUCGGCCUCGGUUCCUCAAGUCCUGGAGUUCCUCCAGGAUGGGCUGGAAAAGGGUUUAUCGCCCAAUACCCUUAGACGACAGGUAGCGGCCUUGUCAACUAUGCUGUCCUGGGGAGGGGGCCAAUUGUUAUCUCAACACCCGGCGGUUAGGAGAUUUUUGAAAGGGGCUUCUAAUUUAAGGCCACCUAUACGUACACAAAUAUCCCACAUGGGACUUGUCUAUGGUCCUCACCUCCCUCACGAAAGACCCGUUUGAGCCCAUAGGUGCUAUUUCUCUACAGUUCCUUUCCCUGAAGGUCGCUUUCUUAAUUGCCAUCACAUCUGCAUGGAGGAUAUCAGAGUUUCAGGCACUAAGGUUUGUGUACCUUUUAUGAUGAUAGGGUGGUCCUCAGUCUUGACCCUCAAUCCAACCUAAGGUCAAUUCGUGGUUCCAUCGGACACAGGAAAUUGUAUUACCUGAUUUUUGUCCCUCACCUUCAAGACCCUUAGAGGAGCAGUGGCACAAGCUGGAUGUCCGGCGGGCCCUUCCAACCUAUAUUUGGAGGACAUCGGAUUUGAGAAAGAUGGAACGUCUCUUUGUUUCUUUCCAGACUUCUUCCCUGUGACAGAGGGUUUCGAUCACUACCAUAGGCAGAUGGGUUAGGAAAUGUAUCGCCAGGGCCUAUUUCUCCAACGGGGUGCCGGUCCCACAGGGGAUUACGGACCAUUCCACCAGGAGCUCGGCCACUUCUGCAGCGUGAAAUACCCAGGCCUCCCUGGGGGAGAUUUGCAGGGUGGCGGCAUGGGUGACCCCCUCGCCCUUUGUUCAGAAUUAUAAACUGGACAAAUUCGCUUUGGCUGCAGGGUUCUGCAAGCAUUCCAUAACAACAGGUAGCCCAACAGUCUCUUCCCUCCCUACGUAGACUAGCUUGGGUACGUCCCAUAAGUGAAUGCUAUCUCCAGCUCUAUUGAGAAAGGGCGUUGGUACUUACCUGAUGCGCCUCUUCUAAUAGAAUGGAGAUAGCAUCCAGCCCCACACGGUAUGGAGACUGUUUUUCCGUGCUUACCUGGGAACCUGAGUUGUGGUUCGUUGCCUUAUUUGUGCUUGUGAUAUUUCUUGUUGUUUUUUGCCUUACAUGGUUUUACUAAACUUGAAGGUUGGAUAACACGUGGAGUCUGUAUAUUUGUUCUUCGUCGCAAAGCUGAGUGGAGUCACUCACAGACGGGUUAUAUAGGUGGCUAAUUAAUUAUUAAUCAGACUCAGUCCAAUAGGAGAACAGACAGGGUUAACCCAUAAGUGGAUGCUAUCUCCACUCUAUUAGUAGAGGUGUAUCAGGUAAGUACCAAUGCCCUUUCCCGAGUCUUUGAAAUUGUUUUUGUUAUUUCAAUUUUAUUCAUUGCCUUUAGCAGUAGUUCUGCUUGUUAUUUUAAUUAUUUACCAUACAGAGCUUUAUUAAUUUUAAUUUUCUUUAUUGUUUUUUCAUAUCUUGAAUUGUUAGUAAUUUGCUUAAAAUUUCUUAUUUUAAGUAAAUUUUUAAGAUCCGAAUACUCUCUCUCCCUCUCUCUCUUCUAAACGACUUGUUCCUAAAAUUUGCAAGUUCUGCUGUUAUUUCUGACCAUAUAUCUAUUAGCUUAUUAUAUUUAUUUAAUAUAUUUAUUGCUGUUAUCCUCCUUUUUACUUUCUUUUUCCUAAUUUGAUAUGCUUCCCUGGUUUACUUUUAUUUUGAAAAUAAUUUUGUUUGGUACACUUGGUCUUCUUUUGGAGUUCUUCUGUUUCCACUAAAUCUAAAUGAUGUUUCAAUUUAUUUAAUUCUUCCAAUGUUUAUUGAUCUUGUUUGUUUUUAUGAAACUGUUCAGAUUUAUUUCUUUUGUCUUUUAAUGGUGGCUUUAAUCUGCUAUGUUCUUUUUUUCUGGUAUGAAGCAAGCCUUAUUUAGAUUCUUCUUAUAUAAGUUGACUCCCAUAUCGUUGUCUCUGUCAUCCUUACAUAAUAUACUUUCUAGAAGUAAUAACAUUUUUAUCCUCUAACAAGUAAUUUUUCUCCUUGAAAGUGAGGUAUGAAAAUCUGCAUGAUCUGUGUAUAUCACUGAGCAAAUGUAUUUUUCUUUAUUGAUAGUGGGUGUGAGAGCUUUAGCUGAUAUACCUCCUUAAUCAUUAACUGUUUUCUCUAUUUGUCAGUUUUAACUCUUAAUCAAAAACCUUUCUGCAGUUCUUGAACUCCAAGAUAAUGUGAUUACUUCUUCCCAUGGUUCUCACUCCAUUUACCUGUUCUACCAGCUUGCUGUUCUCUUUUAAGAUCAGCUCCAGAGCGCCAUUUUUUUUUGUUUUCAUCUUUUGCACUUUGGAACAAGCAGGCAGUAAGAUCAUUGAGUAAUGUUUGAGGCCUUACUGUCUUGGCUAUCCAUCCAUCAGAUGUCCAAGCAAUGAAAGAUUCCCAUCAUUACUAUAGCUCUUAUCCCUGAAAGUUUUUCAAUGUGGUUCCACAUCUAGAUCUUCUAUCUGGCUUCAUAGUCUAUAAUUUACUUCUACAAUAAAAACUUUAUUGCUUUCCCUUCUUUGUAGUUUUAUCUGAACAUUCUUACCUGGACUCAUGUGAAAAUUCCUGAAACCCAAAUGUGCAUAUACAUCACAUAUAAUGUAAUAUAUAAUGUAUAAUCACAUAUAACCUGAAAUGUGCAUAUACAUCACAUAUAAUGCAAAAGAAUAAAGAGAAUAACUACAGGCAGCUGCUCCUUUGCCUGAACUUUCCCCACAGCUAUUGUGAUCUCAUUGCUUUGAUGUGUAUAAGACCAAACAGUUUACUUUCUUGAAAUCUCUUCCUCUCCAGUCUCUGUGCUCUGGGUCUAAUGGAGGAACUUUGCUUAGGCAAACAAGAGAUUGCCUGCAGAAAUCACUUGCUCUCUGACUUUCUUUUAAAUUCUGAAAGUCUUUGUAGUUCGGUUCACUAUUCUCAUAUAUGAGUCCAUUCUGAGAAUUCCACAUCUUCCAUAAUUAAGAACAAUGGGUUUGUACCUCCUUUACUUUAUCUUCCAAGAAGGCAGUUGGUCUUCAUUUGCACACAUAUCCCUGUACUCUUUAGGAAGAAAAUGAAGAUAUGAUAGUUCCUCAUCCAAAUUAAAAGAGCAGUUUGGAUGAUUUCCAUGUUGCUGAGGUGAACGUGUUAGAAGAAAAUCUGCUCUGUUCUGUGGCCAGGUAAAUGAGCACAGGAUGCCUAUGUGAGGUGGAGGCAGUUUAUUUGAUAGCAAAGUCAAUGUAUAAAUCAGCUGAUGAAGGUAGCCACAAGAUCAGAACACAGAGAAUAGUAGUAUUUAUAGUAAUAAUGACUGAUUGUGCAUUAGAUGUACAAAGUGAGGUGUUCGUAAUGUAGGGAUGCCCAGAGAGCAAAGUCUCUUGCCCAUGUGGGUGUGCUGAUCUUUUUGGUGUGGAAUUUUAUGAGGGGUGUGACAUUAGAGUUUUAGGUUAGGGGUCUGAUCCCUGAGGAGUAUGUUGUAAUAAAAUAUUUUUUUUAUCUUGAGGGGAUUUUGUUUCAUGAUUAUUUUGCCAAUGAUUUUUCUGAAGGGCCAUGCUUAAUCAAUUGCAGCCCAAGUGUCAAUGUGGGUGGAAAAGUUUAAGUGGCUACAUUGUAUCUUUAUUUUGAGGUUGCUGGAGGAUCAGGAGUGAUUGAGAUUGAAGUCUAGCUUGGCUAGCAGAGGUAUCAUGGAGGUUCUUACCUUCCAACAAACAGUAAACAAAACUACAAAAUUUAUGUCUACCCAUGAUCUUUUCAGUUAAUGAACUCAAGGGGAGGUACUUUUUGUGUUUGUUUCUUUGUGUAAAUCAAAAUCUCUUGUUUGCUUUAUCUUCUCACUUACUCAAGGGACCUAAUAACAGAAAAUGUGUCAAUGUUUAUUUUAUAGAAUGUUUGGUCAUAUCCAAGGAAGAAAAGACAGUUUGAUAGUAAUUUGUGCUUUUAUUAACAAUGUGAGAAAGCCAGGAGUCUUGCUAAAUUGAUACAAAACACAUGCCUUUUCAGAAAUUUGAGGAAAAAUGGAAACAAUCAGAUUUCUCUUUGGCCAUUGACUAAAGUGCUAUAAUACAACUGAGGUUCACUUUAAUUGCAUAAGAAUCCACUAAUGGUACAAAAGUUUGUCCUUGGCAAAACAAAGAUUCAGAGAACUAGGGAAAUUAGGCCAAGGUAUGAACUGCCUGAUCUAAGUGAAUUAUUCAAUCUGUUGCCAUCUUAGUUAUUAAUGACAUAAAGAAAAGCUGUGUCCAAAAUAUUUCCAAUUGACCUUAAACACACAGUGCUCACACACUUGCUUCAAAAAAUGUCACUAAUAGAAAAAGUGAAGCAAGGAUUGGAGGAAUAAGGGUAACAUUUCCUAAAUAGUGGUCAUCACUUUUCCAUGUGGAAAGUAUAAAAGGAGCUCAGUGCUUAACUCUUCUGUGAAAGUGGUUUACAUUUUCUUUUUCUUUCCCCACAUCUCUUUUAAUGGAGGGGUGGGGGGAAAUAGAGUAACUAUACAGUUCUUGUUCUGUUCUGUAAUUUCAUGAGAUCUAGUGUCUUGGAGGAGAAAUAUUAAGAGAGAAUGAAAAAAUGUUUUGACCUGUCAUGGUAAUUAAACUUAUGUAUUC